AUGUGGCGGCGAGCAGCCGCCGCCCAAGAAUCAGCACCGCCGCACGUGACCUCCGCUCCGGAAAUCGUCGAAAGCAAAGAGUUCGGGGCCGUGAAGAGCGUCAAAGCCGAGUUCGCGGUUCCAUCCGUGCUCAGCGGCUCCUUCUUCCUCAAGGACGAUGUUCGCUACAAGUUUGAUCUGGGUGGAGGCGCGACGAUGGACAUGGGAGUGUACGCGCUCUCCGCUGUUCGAUAUUUCUCCUCGUCCGAACCGGAGGAGAUCCUCUCCGCCUCGGCUGUCGGUCAUCCCUUGGACGCGAAACGAAUCGAUCGGAGCAUGCAUGCUGUCUACCGCAUGUCCGGGGACGUGAGCGCCGAGACCUACGUGGACUUCAGCAUGCCGGGACGCGGACCCUUCGGCGUUUUCCCCCGAUUCUUCAAGACCACGGCCUUCAUCGAGCUCGAAGGAGGCAAGAUCGAGUUGAACAAUUUCCCGAUCCCUCACCUCUGGCAUACCAUCACGAUCCGACCUACCUCUGGACCGAUGAAGACGGAGAAGGUGUACAAGUUUGAGUCUUUGGGAGAGGACUGGUGGACGACGUAUCGUUACCAACUCGAGGCAUUCGUCGCUAAGGUGCGCGGGGGACAGCCUCAGACUUGGCCAUCGGCGUCGGAACCCCUUCUCCAGAUGACUUCCGUGGAGAAGAUUUACGACAAGGUGCGACCCUUGUGCUCAUACGCUUCUUUCCGUUUCUCAUACGGUCACUCCCAUGCCGGCAUGCCCAAUCGUCCGCCGUCUUCCUACCGUACCGCGUAAUCGUUUUUGCCCUGUCUAUUGUCACUGUAUCGAGGCGACUCCGCCCGGCCCUUCUGUUUGCGUAUAUGGUUCC